AUGGUGGGCGUGGGAGUGGCGGAGGGUGGCGGGGGCGGCGCGCCUGACGGCUACUACGGCGAGUACUACCCGCCGGAGCCCUACUACGUGCCGCCGGAAAUGUGUCCACAUCCCCAGCAACAUCCUCAACAUGCACACAUGUGUACAGUGCACGCUGAAUAUGGUGGCAUGCCGGUAGUAACGUCGGCGACGAUGAUGCCACCCUUACUGCCGCCUGUGCUUGACGAGGGUAUGCGCCACUACCUGGUGGCGCACCAUCAGCCGCACCCGCACCACGCACCGCAUCACCAGCCGCACCACCAACCUCACCAUCAACCGCCACCACACCAUCAACCACCACAUCCAUAUGUACCAACAAAUGGUGCAGGAGGGCCACAGCAUUAUUAUGGCGGUGCAUACCCAGCUCACUUUCAUCAUGUGCCUCCACACCAUAUGCAACAUUCACCACCUCCACCAGUGUAUCAAAAAGAUGAACGAACUCAGCGCCAAUACUCUAAACUUAAACAGAAAUUAGAACGUAAACAUACUAAUAGGAACAAUGGUAUAGAGGUCAAUUCUGGCGCGAGCACUCCCUCACUGUCGCCUAGGAAAGAAUUAAAUGGGCGAAGUGGUGGUAGUGGUGGAGCUUCAUCUGGAGCAUGGUCGGAAGGUGAGGGUUCGUCAGCAAGUGCGUCUGUUCAGGGAGAUGAUGACAAUGAUACACAGGCUUUACUGGACAUGCUAUCAGCCACCCGUACACCUCAGGUUAGUGACAUGACCCCGACAAGUGCACUUGUGCAAUGGAACUCGCCACGACCUGAAGGAGUCACUUUUCCGAACGUCGAGUUAACAUACGAUCUAUUACUUGGAGACCGCGGCAGAUACAAAGCUAUAUAUAGUGGACCUUCAUUGUCAUGUCGGGUAAGAGAUUUGCGACCCGGUUGUGAAUACUCGGUGUGUUUGCAAAUCCGCGCGGGCGAGCUGACGGGCGCGGCGAGUGAGGCCGCCACAUUCCGCGCGCCGCCUGCGCCGCCCGAGCGCCCCGCCGCCGCCCGCGUGCAGCAACGCACGCGCACCUCGCUGCUGCUGCGCUGGUCCGCGCCCGCAGACAACGGCGCGCGCAUCUCACAUUACGUCCUGGAGAUGGACGCCGGCGACGGCUUCGCGGAGCUCACGCGCCCACGCAUGCGCCAGCACACCAUCAACAACCUGCAGCCCCAGACUUGCUACCGCUUCCGCAUCGCCGCCGUCAACGAGUGCGGCCGCGGCGACUGGAGUGACGACACCGUGGUGUGCACCGCCGGCCCGCCGCCGCCCGCGCCCGCCGCGCCCUCGCUGCGUGCUGCGGACUCCACCUCGCUUUCGUUAGAGUGGGUGCGCCGCGCCGACGAAGAGUUCACUCUCCAGAUGGACGACGCCAUCCAGGGGCACGGGUUCCUACCCGUCUACUCGGGCCCCGACUGCGCUUACGUCUGCGAUCGACUCCGGAGAGCCACCGAAUAUCGGUUCCGUUUAAGAUGCGAAACUGCCGAUGGGAAGGGACCGUGGUCUCCCGAAGUAUCCUACAACACUCUACCCGAGAGGCCCUGUCCGCCCGGCAGGCCUGCACCUCGCGGCAAGAUACACUCUCGCGCAUUCCGACUCAGGUGGGACCCUCCCACGGACGAUGGCGGAGCCGAAAUCGAAACGUACACAUUGGAGAUCGACGGCGGAGACGGCUACAACUGCGCAUACCGUGGACCUGAGCGCGAGGCGCACUGUGACCGCCUGCAGCCGGGCACGCAGUACCGAGCGCGCGUGCGCUGCGCUAACGUGGCCGGCGAGAGCGAGUGGUCGGCCGGCGAGACCGUGGUCACUGAGGCCACGUGCCCCGGCGCGUGCGCACCGCCCGAGGUUGCGGGCGCGCCGCGUGCCACGCUCGUGUCCGUGCGCUGGCGAGCGCCAGACUGCUUGGGCGGCGCGCCCCUUGCUGAGUAUCGUCUCGAGCUCGCCGACACGGACGGGUUAGUGCGCCUGGUCCACGUGGGGCUCGAGACGGAGUGUGUAAUUAGAGAGCUGCUCCCGGGGCGAGAGUACAGGGUGUGGGUCACCGCUUGCAACAAGGUCGGCGCCGGGCCGCCCUCGUCGGCGUUGAGAUUCACGACAGCACCCGCACCACCCGAGGCGCCGGAACCGCCUAUCGUCAGCAUAGACAGUCCCAGGUCGGCUCGAGUAGAGUGGACGGCGCCGCCGAAUAACGGCGCUCCGAUAGUUGAUUUCCGACUGGAAAUGAGCGCAACGAACAUCGACGAUGCAUUUGCUGAGAUAUACCGCGGUAUGGACACCGCUUGCUCGAUAACGAAGUUGACACCUUUUACACCCUACUUUUUCCGCGUCUGCGCGACGAACUCUGCCGGGCGAGGGACCUGGUCGCUCGUGCGCGACGCGCUGACGCCCCGCGCGCCGCCCGCCGCGCCCGCCGGCCUCCGCCACGAGGCCACCGUGGACUCGCUCCGGCUGUACUGGCGAGUCCCCGCAAGUCAUGGAGCCGACAUACUUCGCUACAGAGUCGAAGUCGACGAUGCCGCAUUCGAUACUGAAGGUCCAACACCGGAGCAACUCGUGGAGGGCCUCCUACCGGACACCGUGUACCGAGUACGCGUCGCGGCGCUAAACGAGCUGGGGCUCGGCGACUGGUCGGAAGAGACCCGUGCGGCAACCCGUCCUUGCCCUCCCGCGCCGCCGACGCUGCGCUGUGCCCAAGUGGCGCACAACUACUUGCGCCUCGAGUGGGAGCCCAGUGUGGAGGGCGCGCAGUAUUGCGUGGAGAUGCGCGCGCCCGACGCCCGCGAGUUCCGACCCGUGUACCGCGGUUCCGCGCACUCUUGCAAGGUGAAGAAACUGCGGGAGGCGACGACCUACACGUUCCGGAUACGAGCGAGCGACGAGCGCGGCGGGCGCGGCGCGUGGGGCGAGCCCGCGCCCGCGCGCACCGCCGCCGCGCCGCCGCCCGCGCCGCACGCGCCCGCACUCGCGCUGCUGGCGCCGCGCGUCGCGCUCGCCUCCUGGGACGCGCUCGACGACGCCGAGUACGUGCUGCAGUGCGCGCGCGGCAAGGAUGCUGUCUUCAAGGAGGUAUAUACCGGUAAGGACACGCAGUUUCAGCUGGAAGACUUGGAGUACAACACAGAGUACCAGGUGCGCGUGGGCGCGGUGCGCGGCGGGCUGGCGGGCGCGUGGUCGGCGCCGACGCGGCUGUCGGUGCCCGCGGCGCCGGCGCCCGCGCGGCCGCGCCGGCCCCGCGCCGCGCGCGCGCUGGCGCCGCGCCACGCCGCGCUGCUGAUGGCGGCCGGCUUCCUGCUGGUGGCCGUGCUGGUGGCGGUGCUGGUGCAGCGCCUGGUGGACCCGCGCCCG